AUGUCCAAAAUUAACGAACAACAUGUGUGCAUCAAAUUUUGCUUGAAACUUGGUAAAAAUGCAACUGAAACGUACACAAUGAUUAAAACUGCUUUUGGAAACGAUUCUUUAAGUCGCUCCGUUACUUUCGAGCGGUUUGGACGUUUCAAGGGUAGCUGCUAAAUUCGUUCCGCAGUUGUUGACAUCGGAACAAAAGGAAAAUCGUUUGACGAAUUGUCAAGACCUUAAAAAUCGAUCUGCUGAUAUAAAUUUCAUAAAAAACAUCAUUUCAGAGGACGAGAAAUGGGUUUAUGGAUACGAUCCGGAAACAAAGUUACAGUCAUCUCAGUGGAAAACAAAAUUUUCCCUCGACCAAAAAAAGCUCGCCAA